AUGUCAGGAUAUCAGAUUCUUCACUCCUGGAUCCCUGGUCAUGCUAGCAUAAAAGGAAAUGAACUUGCAGAUACUACAGCUAAGGCUGCUGCUACUAUACUGCCCAGCCUUCAGGUCCUACUCACAGAUAUCAGGGGGCGACCCGGUUGGCAUAUUGAAUGUUCUGUCAUGGCCAGUGCUUUGUUGGGAGAAUCACUCGAUAUUCAUACUGGAGGUUUUGACUUGAAAUUUCCCCAUCAUGAUAAUGAGUUAGCUCAAGCAGAGGCAUACUUUGGCAAUGAUCACUGGGUGCGUUACUUUUUACAUUCUGGACAUUUAACUAUCUCUGGAUGUAAGAUGUCCAAGUCUCUGAAGAACUUUAUAACCAUCAAAACUGCUCUGACACAUCAUACAUCAAGACAAAUUAGGCUAGCAUUCUUACUUCAUUCUUGGAAAGACACAUUAGAUUAUAGUCCUCAAACUUUAGAUAUAGCUUUACAUUAUGAAAAGUUUAUCAAGGAAUUUUUAUUAAAUGUUAAAGAUUCAAUUAGGGAUAUUCCUCGAAAUGGUAGGGAAGCAUUUCAGAAAUGGAAUGUAGAAGAGCAGAAUUUAUAUAGGAUAUUUCAGGAGAAACAAGCUGGAUUACAUGAAGCUCUCUGUGAUAAUAUUGACACACGAUCUGCAAUGGAAAAUAUUCAUGAUCUGAUUACAGCCUCUAAUACUUAUAUCCACGCAAAAAAAUCGUCGCAGUCUAUCUGCAAUCGUAAAGUAUUGACAAAUAUAUCAUCCUACAUAUCAAGAAUUUUGAAGAUUUUUGGUGCUAAUUUUCAAGAUUCUGUGAAUGAAUUUGUAUCUGGUGAUUCAGGUCAAAUGGUUAAUGAAGAUGCUGUUAUGCCAUACUUAAAAGCUUUAGCUGAUUUCAGGGAAAACACCCGGCAGAAAGCGAAAGAACUUAAGGCAUUUCCAAUACUUAAAUUGUGCGAUGAAUUGAGAGAUUACAUUUUACCUGCUCUUGGUGUCAGACUAGAAGAUCAAGAAGGUCUUAAAGCUGCAAUUAAGUUAGUAGAUCCAGAAGAGCUUUCAAAAGAGAAAAAGAUAAAGGAAAGGUUAGAAGCAGAAAAGAUGUUAGAAAAGGAAAGGAAAAAGCAAGAGCAAGAAGCACUAAAAGCUGCUAGAGAAGCAAUGAAAAAGGUACCACCUAGUGAAAUGUUCAAGUCCAUGUCAGAUAAAUAUUCACAAUUUGAUGAAAAGGGAAUUCCCACUCAUGAUGCUCAGGGGAAAGAGUUGAGUGAAAGUCAAUUAAAAAAAGUUAUGAAACUUUAUAAUGCACAAGAGAAGAAGUAUAAUGAAUAUUUAAAAAGUGUUGCAACAUCAUAAAAAAUUAAACAAAUUUAUAAAUUAUUUUUUAUUAUAUUUAUUACCUGUCUUACCAAAUGGAAAAAUUCUCAAAUAUUGAUGGAGAUGGCACACCAGCUAAUGCAAUCUAAAUACUGUAUUUAAAAUCUGAAGACUAUUCAGCAGAAUAAAUAAUCAAGGCCUUGUA